CCUCUGCUAGGGGAAAGAGAAGAGGAGGGGUGGGAGCACAAGAGCAGGGAACGGUGAGGAUUCAUGCUGUGUUAGCAUCCCCACAGCAACUCCAUCAAUACUGCAUACAGCUGAGGAACUGGCAAAGGUCCUCCUUGCUGCAUUUUCAGGCUCGUCCAGAGAAAGAGAGCAACUCCCACGACCAGUCAGCUCAGUCUGCUGCUGCAGGGGCGCUUUGUGAGGGUCAGAGCAACACAUACAGAAAGACACACACUAACACUCUCUGGAACCUGUGCUGCAUCAGGAGGCAGAGGAGGGACACAAUCUGGGAAUACUCAAGAGGAGAGAGCCCAUCCUGGAGAGGGAUAGCAAGGAAAGUUGCUGUGAUGUCCCACGUGGGAAGCUGAGCUCUGGGAGAGUUUGACAGGACCUCAGUGCACCUGCUCCAUGCGCACUGAUUGUAUAGAAGAGCUGGUGUGUGCAAUGGCUAUCUUCGACCUACAGGGUUUCAGACCCCCUGUUUUGCAUCACUGUUCCCUCAUCACCGCACAUCCAGGUCCGAGGAUCUGACCUCCUUCUCCCUGAUUCCUCCCUCCCUUUUUCCUUGGUGUGUCCAUCUGUCCUGGGCCCACCAUGGGAGGAUGCUUCUCCAAACCUAAACCAGUUGAAGUCAAAGUGGAACUCUCUCUCCUGGAAAAAGAAAAAGAAGUGGACGGCCUGUCCCCUAAUGGCAAAGCCAGCCCCUUUGCUGACUGCAGACUGAAUGGGGCCCUGGCACACACCUCUGAUGAAGACUCCAUGCUGCUUCCACUCAACCACAACUCCCGUGACUUUGUGGAGGCCUCCGUGUGUCACGUCAAAGACUUGGAAAAUGGACAAAUGCGAGAGGUUGAUUUGGGAUGUGGCAGAGCUUUGCUGAUCAAACAACAAGGGGAGUUUUCUGCAAUGGCCCACAAGUGUCCGCAUUAUGGCGCACCGCUAGUUAAAGGUGUGCUGUCUAAAGGACAUGUCCGUUGUCCGUGGCACGGCGCCUGUUUCAGCACAGCAACAGGAGACAUUGAGGACUUCCCAGGCCUGGACAGUCUGCCUACCUUCCAGGUCAGAGUUGAAAAGGACAAGGUGAUUAUCCGUGCAAACAAACAGGCUCUUCAGUCACAAAAAAGAUUAAAACCCAUGUCCCGAUGUUCGGCCGUCAUCAACUCCAACACUGGCUGCAGCCAUGUUCUUAUAAUUGGCUCAGGUCCAGCAGGUCUGGUGUGUGCAGAGACACUGAGACAAGAAGGCUUCACAGAUCGCAUUGUCAUGUGCACCAUGGACAGACAUCCCCCGUAUGACAGGCCUAAACUGAGUAAGUCUUUAGAAAGCACAGCAGAGCAGCUAAGGUUACGCUCCAUCGACUUCCUACAGGACCAUGACAUUGAGCUCCUCACAGAAAAAGAGGUUAUGGCAGUAGAUGUGAAGACUAGAUCUGUGACAUUUGAAGACGGCUUGAGGAUGGAGUACAAGAAACUCUUUAUUGCUACAGGAAGCAAACCAAAACUGAUGAACUACAAGGGCAAGGAUGUUAGGAAUGUCUUCCAUCUUCAGACACCUGAGGAUGCCAACAGCAUAGCGAGGCUCGCCAACAAUAAGAACGCCGUGAUUGUGGGAACAUCAUUUGUUGGUAUGGAAGUGGCUGCAGCUCUUACUGACAAGGCCCACUCAGUGUCUGUCAUCGGGAUCGAGCCUGUCCCCUUUAAAAAAGCUCUCGGGGAGAAAGUAGGGAAAGCCAUAAUGAAGCUGUUCGAGACAAACAGGGUGAAGUUCUACAUGCUAAAUGAGGUGUCGGAGAUGAUUGGGCAACAUGGACAGUUGAAGGAAGUUGUUCUGAAAAGUGGGAAAGUCCUGCGGGCAGAUGUGUGCGUCAUUGGAACAGGAAGUGUUCCUGCGACAGGGUUUUUGAAACAGAGUGGCAUCCACUUGGACUCAAAGGGCUUCAUCUCUGUGAACAAGAUGAUGCAGACAAAUGUUGACGGGGUGUUUGCUGGAGGAGAUGUGGUGACGUUUCCUUUUCCACCUCGCAACAACAAGAAGGUGAACAUCCCUCACUGGCAGAUGGCUCAUGUACACGGCAGGGUUGCAGCUCUCAGCAUGAUCGGCAGACCGUCUGAGUUUAAAACCGUGCCUUACUUCUGGUCAGCCAUGUUUGGGAAGACCAUUCGCUAUGCAGGUUAUGGUGAUGGAUUUGAUGAUGUCAUCAUACAAGGAGAUCUGGAUGAACUGCGAUUUGUUGCUUUUUACACAAGAAGUGAGGAGGUGGUUGCUGUUGCCAGCAUGAACUAUGACCCCAUCGUAUCCCGAGUGGCAGAGGUCCUUGGAUCCGGAAAGACAAUUAAAAAACGGGAUGUGGAGAUGUUAGCACGGCUUGGCAAGACUGGAGAUAUAUCUUGGCUGAUUGAGAAAGGUUCUCACUGACCUCCUGAUGGACAGACCCAAAGUCCACUGGAUACUGGACACCCUCUAAAGGACACUUUGGUGCUUAGACCCUGGGCAGCUAUCCUACUUCAUUCACAGAAACACAUUGUAAAUUGUCUGUGUGAGUCAUAAACUGCAAAAAAAAAAA